ACUGAACAAACUUAAAUGGGAAAAAGAAGAAUGCAAAGCUUUUUCGAAUAAAGUAUUGGAAAAAUCUUUUGCUGCACGUAUUAAAAGUAUUAAUGAAGAGAGGAACUCUAUGGUUGUGAAAUUGAUUGCCAUAAAUAGUUUCAAUCUUGACAUAAGCAAGUGGAUGGUAGCAAAUAAUUUAGCAGCUCCAGGAAAUUAUAGUUCUCCAAAACAUGAAAACACUUUGAAGCACUAUCAAAGAUGUUUGAGAAAUCCAUCGGAAUUAUUAAAAGAGUGUCUUAAAAAUGAAACAAGACGAAAUAAUAUCGAAAAACCUCGUGAAACAGAUUCCUCGCCUUCAACAGGAUAUCUUAGCAAUAGCGAAAAAAUAAAAGCUUUGAAUAAGUAUAGGACAAAAUUGUCUAACGCUUUGCAAAAUUCAAAAGUUUCCAGCUUCAAUACAGAAGUAAGAGAAAAAAAAACUGUUGACGAAGUAGGAAUCGUAAAAAAUGUAGAACAAGACUACUCCAGCGAUUAUUACGAUGGAACUUCAGAGAAUGCAUCGGAAAGUGCAUUAUCAGAAACUGGUGCUUCCAUAUCAAUUGUAGCUCUUCUAAUUAUGUUUCAAGCGUGUACAACUCAGCCAGUUGCAAUUCCACUAGUUCUGACUUACGUUCUUAUUCGUGGUUUACUCCACGAUCUACUGCAAGUGCACUCGAUAGUGAUGAUAGCGAUGGUGAUGCAGAGCAUGAUGGUGACAGAGUGA